CUUAACCGGCAUAGAGUCCAUGGACCAAUGUCGUCACACACUGGAGCAGCACAACUGGAAUAUAGAGGCAGCUGUACAGGACCGGCUGAAUGAGCAAGAGGGUGUCCCAAGUGUCUUUAAUCCUCCUCCGUCGCGGCCGUUGCAGGUCAAUACAGCUGACCAUAGGAUCUACAGCUACGUUGUCUCAAGGCCGCAGCCAAGGGGCCUAUUAGGAUGGGGUUACUACUUCAUAAUGCUUCCAUUCCGAUUUACCUAUUACACAUUACUUGAUAUAUUUAGGUUUGCUCUGCGUUUUAUACGCCCCGAUCCUCGUAGUCGGGUCACUGACCCAGUGGGUGACAUUAUUUCGUUUAUUCAUAUGUUUGAGGAAAAAUAUGGGAGGAUACACCCUGUCUUCUACCAGGGAACUUACAGCCAGGCACUGAAUGAUGCCAAGCGGGAGCUGCGCUUCCUGUUGGUUUAUCUUCAUGGAGAUGACCACCAGGACACAGAUGAAUUCUGCCGCAAUACACUGUGUGUACCUGAGGUGAUCACCCUCAUAAACACUAGGAUGCUCUUCUGGGCGUGCUCGACCAAUAAACCGGAGGGAUACAGAGUCUCCCAGGCUCUGCGGGAGAACACGUACCCGUUCCUGGCGGUGAUUAUGCUGAAGGAUCGCAGGAUGACGGUAGUCGGGCGGUUAGAAGGCCUCAUCCAGCCCGAUGACCUCAUUAAUCAACUGAUGUUCAUCAUGGAUGCCAACCAGACGUACCUGGUGUCCGAGCGCCUGGAAAGGGAAGAGAGGAACCAGACCCAAGUGCUGAGGCAGCAGCAGGACGAGGCCUAUCUGGCAUCCCUGCGUGCGGACCAGGAGAAGGAGCGCAGGAAGAAGGAGGAAUGGGAGAGGAAGAAGAAGAAGGAGGAGGAAGUGCAGCAGCAGAAACUGGCGGAGGAGAGGCGGCGACAGACGCUGCAGGAGGAGAAGGAGCGGAAGUCUGAAUGCCUGCCUCCCGAACCGCAUCCCGAUGACCCGGAGAGCGUUAAGAUCAUCUUCAAGCUGCCUAACGAUUCCAGGGUGGAGCGGCGAUUCCACUUCACGCAGUCGUUGACGGUGAUCCAUGACUUCCUGUUCUCCUUGAAAGAAAGCCCGGAGAAGUUCCAGAUCGAGGCCAACUUCCCUCGCCGCGUCCUGCCCUGCCUCCCUACAGAGGAGUGGCCCAACCCCCCCACGCUGCAGGAGGCCGGACUCAGCCACACGGAAGUCCUCUUUGUGCAGGACCUGACGGACGAUUGA